AUGAGAUCUUAUCAUCGAAUCUUACUAGCAACAAUUAAACCCUCAAACUUUCCUCAUCCCGUCAUCUCUCGUCUAUUCGUUCAGCAGAGACGUUCAACAGAGGAGCUUCAUUCCAGGCGUUCCAACAGCUUCAGCGUCCAGCAGCUUCAUCUCUCUCGUCUUCACCUAGGUCGUUCACAGCUGCUUCGUCUCUCUUACCAAGAGCUCAUUACCGUUAUUUUCCCACCAAAGCUAAACAUGAAGACUCGAUCAAAAGGCCAAAAACCAGCGCUUUUCUGGCCGAGGAUUGUCAUGCGCAAAUGGCUCAAUAUCAACACCAAGGACUCCGAUUACAGUGCCGACCCCGACGAUGAUGACAACGAUGAUUCCGAUGCCGAAGAACAUCGUCACUGGCCUAGAGAAUCGCGAUUCAAGAAUGAUAAAAGCAAUGAAGCUCAGAUUGAUACUAACGAUGCUCUUCCCAGAACAAGAAGACGGAGGUCGGAGACAUUUAGGGCACAGUAUAUCAACUCAAAAGAACUUAGAAUAUGUGUUGGCACGUGGAAUGUUGGAGGUAAACUUCCACCGGAUGACCUAGAUAUUGAAGGUUGGCUAGAUUCCACUGAGCCUGCUGAUAUUUAUGUGAUAGGUUUUCAGGAGAUCAUACCAUUAAAUGCUGGAAAUAUCUUUGGUGCGGAAGAUAGCCGACCAGUUCCAAAGUGGGAAAAUAUCAUUCGCGAAACUCUUAAUAAAAUCCAACCUGCAAAUAAUAAAUUUAAAUGCUACAGUGAUCCUCCUUCUCCAUCAAGGUUCAAGCCAUCUGAGGAUGCCCCAGAUAUAGAAAAUGAAAUAUUACUUGAAACUGAUAGUGAUGGUGAGGAGGAAAUGUAUCCAAUAAAUGAAGAAAGCAAUUGUUUUGAUGAAGUCCAGGAUGGAUCAGCCACAGGAGAAAAUGUUUUUAUGAGUGCUGAAACUCCAGUCUCCAGCAAUGAUGCCAACUUAGGCAUGCCAAUUGAAUCUGAGUUGCAGAGACAGUUUUCUUCUCCCAAGAAGCUGGACAGGUUGAACUGCUUUCGGACUGAGGAUUGUACAGAAAAUGUAGAAACAUCAGUUUCCCAAUUUAGUAAGGUUCUAACAAAGACAUUAAGUGGGACAGAAAGGAUUGGUUUAAGUUGGCCAGAGCCACCGCUGGAUCUGCUGGCUCAGCGUGUUUUGGACAGACCUAAUUCCUUUAAUCCAUCAAAUCAUUCAAAUCUUUCAGGACAUAUAGUUCUUUCAACUCAUUUAAAAAUGGUGAUAAUAGAGUGCCAUUGGAGGCAGCUUUGCUCACAGAACUUGACCUUGAUUCCCUCAUGUAUCGUAAAAGAAGACCUCCAUAUGCAAGGAUAG